AAGACCAAAACGACCCCAGCAGCUCACUGUCACUGAUCCUCAAUAAUAUAUCCCUCACUUUUGUCCUAAAAAAAUAAUUUCUUGAUCGAUUACGAUUUCAUUUUCCAAAGGAAUUUUCUAGGAAUAGUCCUGUUCCCACCCGAUCAUUCCACAUUUUUUUUUUGGCCCCUGGCCCUCGCUCUCGCACUUGGAAAAUUGACCUAUCGUGAGUAUUGGCACCAUAUUAAUAUUUCUGUUGAGCAGCGCGAUAUUGUGGUUGUGCACCAGAGCGCAUUGAGUGUUGUUUGCUCUCCUCACGCAUAAAUCGAUAAAAACCAAGUUAUAUAUUGGCUCGAUAAUCAUGGAGGAAGAAUUACCGGAAUGGACAGAACCGGUGAAAGACGCGGUGACGUUGCUGUCCCGGGCCAAGGGCGGGGUACGCACGACCGGAAAAACCGGCCUGAGUACGGGGGUGAAAGUAACGUCUGAGCUCGGGCGCAGAAAGGUGACCUACUUUCGCGGCCGCGACUACUGUUUCACUAUGGAAGAGCUCCGGGCGAAGCACCCGGUUUACCUGGCCGUUUUCGGUCGGCUGCUGGAGCGCAAGCUGACAGUGAUAACGCCAGCAGUGGCGGAAGAAAUCAUGAACAAGCUGCUGCUCAGCAGGAUACUAAGCCGAGCACGGUACGAGGCGCUUGGCUCCACAGCAAAACCCAAGAAGUGGCCAGAACGCAUCGUGCGGACAGCAGAAGGCUGGUUCGGGAAGGACGACUUUUACAUCAUUAACUACGAGAAGCCGGACCCCUAUCACCGACUAUACGCGGUAUUUUUUUCUCAGUCAUCGAUUUCGUUUUGGUAGUAGUGCUACUCAUUGUCAUUUUUUAAUUUCGGUGUCUUGCUGAAGAUAGUACAACUAGGACUAGCUAUUAACGCUUAGACAUGUUACGUAUCCAUCUUAUCAUUUUUCCGCCUUCAUCAUUGACCUUGACGAUGAUACCGAUAUUCGUUUUCAUGAUCAUUCCAUAAAACUACACAUAGAGCACAAACUAUCACUACAGUUUCUCAUCGUUUUUGCGGUGAUAAUGGUGAUCCUUUUUCCGGUAUGGCCUAUGUGGAUCAAGCUAUUCCUUUGGUACGGUGCCGUCCUUGUUUCCGUCGGUUUCAUCGUCUUCUGCUGGUUACGCAUUCUGCUAUUUCUGGUCUUCUGGAUUAUUGGCUUCGAGUUUUGGCUCAUGCCAAAUCUGUUCGAUGACUCUCUCCCGUGGUACGAAGCUCAUCGUCCGUUGUGGUUUCUCGCGAAAACCUGUGACGACGAGGCUUUUCUCAUACUCAGGUACCAGAUCUUGAUUUGUUUGGAUCCAAAUCUUCCUGUCGCAGUCGGACAUACUUUUGUAUCAGCAUCGAUCAGCAACCACUUGCUUCUGGCUCUGCGACACCGACGGUUGUUAGUAGUGUAUCAGACAUUUUUUUAGUUUCCAACAUGCCAUAAAGUCGCCUGAAGGAAUUUUUACAUGAAGCGGGUGAAAUUGUAGACUCACUUGAACUUGUACAGCACGACGUUCAAUUUAUCGAUCUAUCAGGGCCCUCUUCUUGCUCCUCUUCUACGCGGCAGGAAAUGAGUUGUCCCGGAGCAGCUUCCAGCUUGAGGAUUUGCGAUGGCCGGUGGACGAGCUGAUCGAUUGGGGCGUGAACAAAAUCGCCCCGCCCGAAUCUUCCUCUCGCCUUCAGCUGCCGAAACUCAAAGAUCUCGAAAUGGAGGAGGCCGCAGAGCAGGCGGAGCAAGCAGCCGGUAGUGCUGCUUCCAGUGCUGCGGCUUCAGGAAGUUCCUCUUCGUCCUCAACGGCGAAAAUAAGAAGUGGUUCUAGCUCAGCAUCAUCUUCAGAUAGGAGAGAACAAGUGCCAGCGUCUUCGGAUCCAGAAAACCAGAGCAACAGAACACAAGAAGUCCACGCCAGCAAAAAAAACCCGAGCACAGGCCGCUCAGGGACGACUACUAGCCUGUUUCCCGACGACGAAGAAGAUGGAGAGGAAGCAAGUCACUGGGCAGAGGCUGCGGAUUCUGUUGUCAAGGAAAGUAGAGAAAGCACCCACCUCAAGACAUCAUCAGACGACCACGUGGGCAAAAGCAAUACGCGAGGCAAAAAUGCGGAUUUGUAGAGGUCGGCGAAAAGGAAAAGCUGUUGAAGACCCCUGUUCCUCUACUAAGAAACUACUUUCUGCUCACGACAGGAAAAGCAUAAGCAAGCGCCUUCGCUCCGUUUUGCUCGACGAUUGGCUGCGACACCAAGCGACAAAAAAAUUCCGCGACAAUAUCCAUGAAGACAACCUCUACUAUGUGGUUGCAGCAUGUCCCAGCGAAUCUUGACAGCGCGCGAACCUAGUAACUAGUAGGGGCUAUUACUGGGAUCCACGUGUUCUCGCAUCGAAUAAAUGGUGAAGACGCCCCCGUCCCCCGCCGAACAUGUGACGAUUUUUCUGACAAAAGUCACGGCUUCUUUCACGCGGUCGCCGAGACAGAUGCCACGAUACAUAGUAAAGUACCAACGAUAAUAUGUUGACACAGAAGAGGUCCCGCCGUCAGUACUUCUAAGUGAUCACUUCGUUCACGGAGUUUUGUUCUUGGAGUUGCAACAAGGUGGAAGACGGGGCCAGUGUGUCCUCC